AUGGAAACCAAAUCCGAACCAAAUCCACAAUCACUCUCAAAUUCACCUCAAUCCAAGUUCCUCAAAACCCCAUCAGCCGAGCCCACCGCCCCCAAUUUCCCCGACGACAUCAUCGCCGAGAUCUUAUCAAGACUCCCCGUCAAAUCCCUCGUCAGAUUCAAAUGCGUCUCCAAAUCAUGGCGCGCCCUGAUCUCCGGCGACCAAUUCGUCCGGGCCCACCUCCGAAUCUCGAAGGACAGCCCUAAUUUCACCGGCCAAAAAAUCAUCGCAACCAUUUUGCUGCCGUCCGGCGGCCUGAAGCAGGUCGAUCUGCGGACAUUGCUACAUGGGCCCCACGCCGAUGCGACCGAAUCCAGGUUCCCGAUGAAGAAUCCCGGAAAUUCAGUUCGGAUCGUCGGCUGCUGUGACGGGCUCGUUUGCCUCGCCGUCGACGGUAAGCAGUUCUCCCUCUGGAACCCUUGCACCGGAAAUUACAAAAAACUACCCGAGGUGGAUGAUGAUAACAUGAACUGUUUGUUUAUUUCCAAGUAUGGGUUCGGAUUUGACUAUGGUAGUUGCGAUUACAAGGUAUUGGGGAUUAUGACUGGGUUCUCUGGCCCGAAUAGAUAUCAAAUUAUGGCCAAAGUUUACAACUUGAAAGCCGAUUCUUGGAAAAAAGUUGAGAUCUUUAAUGACGGGCUCCCGACCGAUGAUGCCGCGAAAUUUGUCGGUGGGAAGCUGCAUUGGGGGAAGAAAGUUGGGCUCAAUUGGGAAAUUGUUUCGUUCGAUUUAGCAACCGAGACUUUGGGGAAAGUUGAGCCGCCGUCGGGUUUCGAGGGCUUCUUUUCCGCAUCGUUGGGGAUUCUUGGCGGGUGCCUUUGCGUGCUUCGUGAUUUUCGCGAAAUGAAUUUGGAUGUUUGGGUUUUGCAGCAUUAUGGAGUUGGAGAUUCUUGGGUUAAAAUGGCGAGUAUUCAUUAUGAUAUUAUCUGUUGUGUUCUUAGGAAAGGUCCAUAUCCGGAGCCCUUGUGCAUGGGGCCCACGGGCGAGGUCUUGUUGGUUUGUGGUUCGAGUUUUGUGAUUUGGGAUCCAAGCGGAGGUAGACUUAGGUGUCCGAAGACAAUGAAAUUCGGUGCUUUUGUUGAGGCGGAUGUUUAUACUGAGAGUUUAGUCUCGUUCGGUAAUUAG